AUGGCGAAUGCACCAGAUGUGUCGGCAGCUGCAAACAAAAUCCCCGAGGUGGUGCUGGCAUCGUCGACCGGCUCGAGGAGCAUGCCGGUGAUUGGCUUUGGCACAGCAGCGGACAAGUUACAAUCUCAUGUUCUGAAAACAGCGGUUGUCGAGGCCAUCAAGCUCGGUUACAGGCACUUUGAUACGGCCUCUAUGUACGGGUCGGAGCAUACUCUGGGAGAAGCCAUCCAAGAAGCACUUGGACUUGGUCUGGUUGCUUCUCGAGAUCAAGUCUUCGUCACUUCAAAGUUAUGGAUUACUGAUGCUCACCCUCAUCUGGUUAUUCCUGCCCUGCACAAAUCACUUCAGAAUCUUCAACUGAAGUACCUGGACCUGUAUCUCAUUCACUGGCCCAUCAGUGCUAAGCCAGGAACAUUGGUGUACCCACUGAAUGCAGGGGACCUUAUGCCCAUGGACUUCAAGGCUGUGUGGGCAGCCAUGGAAGAAUGCCAGAGACUAGGCCUCACCAAAUCCAUUGGACUCAGCAACUUCUCUACCAAAAAGAUUGAAAAUAUACUCUCUUUCGCUACGAUUCCUCCUUCAGUGAAUCAGGUCGAGAUGAACCCGUUAUGGCAACAAAAGAAGCUUAGAGACUUCUGCAAAACUAAUGGUAUAAUUGUGACUGCCUUUUCUCCUUUGGGUGGCAUAGGGUCCUGUUGGGGCAGUAAUCAUGUUUUUGAAAGCAAAGUUCUUCAGGAGAUCGCGAAGGAACGGGGAAAGACUAUAGCUCAAGUAUGUAUUAGAUGGGUGUAUCAAGCAGGGGCAACACUUGCUGUUAAGAGCUACAACAAAGAGAGGUUGAAGCAAAAUGUCGACAUCUUUGACUGGAAACUUUCCGAAACCGACAUUGAGAAGAUCAACCAAAUCCCGCAGCGCAAAAUGAUGCUUAGAGAAGACAUGGUUUCAGCGAAUGGACCGUCACCAUACAAGUCACUUGAAGAUUUAUGGGAUGGAGAGCUUUAAGCCUUUUAACCUUUUAUUAUGUUAGUACGAACGGUGAUGGGAGAUUCGAAUUUAAGUUAUCUUUCAACGUUGAGGAAAGAAAUACUGUUACUAGACUAAGAGUUAGUUAUAAAAUAAAA